CGGCCCGGCCCCACCGGUCGGAGAGGAAGGACGGGUCGCACUGCCCUCCCCGCCCCCGGUGUGCCCCGGCAGCCCUCCCUCCCCGGGUAGCGCGCCUGCCCGCGGGGCCGGGCCCCAGUCCGCGGCGGGACGGCACCUCCGGGAUAACGGCGUCCUCCGGUGCUGUGCUGGUGCCGGCGGCCACACCGGCCGGGUGGGCUGGGGUCCCCGGGCGGGGGGAUCCGUGGGGCCAAGGCACGGGCGGGAGGGAGGGGACGGACACACACGACACGGCCCCGGGCGCUGCCCCCCGCCGCUCUCCAGCCUCCCGGGGCUCCGGCUCGUUUCGAUUUCGUUUCCCGGAAGGAUCGCGCUGAAGCCGCGACGGCCGCAGGCCUGGGCGCCGGGGCACCGCCGGGCGCCGGGGCACCGCCGGGCACCGGGGCAGCGCCAGCACCGGCUCGCAGCGCUGCGGGCAGCGGCCGCCCACCGCCACCGGGGAUGCAGGGUAACAUGGCAGUCAGUUCUUCCAGACCCAUUGCUGCAGCUUUGUUACCAUCCCCAUCCCAGGCCAGCCACACACCCACCAGCGAGGGGGAGAUCUUCAGGCUUCCAGGCAGGCUGAGAAUCCAGCCCUCACUGUGGAGCAAGGACGACGUGAUCCACUGGCUAAGAUGGGCUGAGAAGGAGUAUUCCCUUCGGCAAACUGAUGAAAGCAAGUUUGAAAUGAACGGCAAAGCCCUGUGCAUCCUCACCAAGGAUGACUUCAGAUACCGAGCUCCGAGCUCAGGUGAUGUGUUGUAUGAAAUACUCCAGUACAUUAAGACUCAAAGAAGAGCUCUGGUGCGCAGCCCUUUGCUGAACUCACCCUUCAGGGAGGCCAGGAGCACAGAGGAAGGGCCAGCCCGGAGCGCUGAGGCAGGUGCUGGUUUCUCCUGCCUGGAUCGUGCGGAACAGCCUGUGUCCCGCAGACACGCGGAGCCGCUGAACCUCUCCUGUCACAGCUCGGAGGGCAGGUGCGUGGCAGACACCAUCUGCUCUUCUACAACCCUGUCGGCCCCAGCGGAUGGGAAAAUUGCAGACUGCAGGUUGCUGUGGGAUUACAUGUACCAGCUCCUCUCCGACAGCCGCUACGAGCCUUACAUCAAGUGGGCAGACAAGGAAGCCAAGGUGUUCAGGGUUGUUAACCCAAACGGACUUGCCCAGCUCUGGGGGAACCACAAGAACCGGAUGAAUAUGACAUAUGAGAAAAUGUCACGAGCGCUGAGACAUUACUACAAACUCAACAUCAUCAAAAAGGAGCCAGGGCAGAAGCUGUUGUUCAGGUUUUUGAAGACUCCUGGGGAAAUCAUCCACGAGAAAUCCAGCAAACUGGAGCAGCUGGAGAGCGAGGACCAGGAAGACUUGCAAGAAGAUGCAUUGGAGCUUUCGCCAUAGGAAAUCUUUGAAGGUGGCACUUGCAGCGCAUCACAGAGAGACUCAGGCUCUGCUGGGAAGUGCCGGUGGCUCUGGUGUCUGGUGGAUACAAGGCCACAGAACUGGUCCUGGAUUUCAGAACCUGCCCUGAGCCAAAGCUGUGACAUCUCUGGGGCUUCCUUAGCAAAACACACCCAGAAACUGUCCCCCAGCACUGAAAGCACACUGAGCGUGUGGGCUGGCCUGCUUGCUUCUCUGCUGCCCACGGGGAGGGAACAGGAUAUUUUUGCUCUGUAAACUUUGCUGCUUGUCUUUAAGGUUCAGACUUGCUGGUAAAGACUGCCCUGUUCUUACAGCAGGCUGUGCUGAGCAGAGAGCGCUGGAGCACGUGCUCCAGGUCGGGCAGCUCCUGAAAUGCUUUUGCAGCUGGCAGUGGCCCCAGGAAUGAGCCCGCUGCUCCGAGUCUGAGCCGCAUCCCCGGUACGAGGACGGACUCACCUUGCGGAUGCGCUGUGCACUGUAAUCUCUCCGGCUCCCGUGGGGUUGCUCCAGCGAUUAAGGGUGGGAGCGUGCUGCCAUAUCCACCUGGAUCAGGUGUGGCUGGAGCUCCAGGCUGCAUGGAUGCCGUAAGCUGGGUCUCCUUUUAACUCCUUUCCCCUCCAUGUAAUGCUUUUUAUAAUUAGCUGAUUAAAUAACGUGAAAAGAAACACAGCCAGUCAUGAA